GCGCUAUCUAUUCCUAAUCCGAAUAGUCCCCUUGUGCAGGGGCUUGACACGUAUGCUGUUUUCCUUGUUUCGGGAUUCGUAUAAAUGUCAGUUGACCAAUUGAAAGAUAUUGUUGCUUUUUGUUACAGCACGAUUUUCUUCUAAUCAGGUCGUAGAAGAAAAAGUUUUUUUGACAUAGUGUAAAGUAACCGCAAAAAUGAGUACUAUCGUCGAACAACCUUGCUAUACUUUGAUAAACGUUCCAACCGAUACCGAACCAUUAAACGAACUUCAGUUAAAACAAGAUCUGGAGAAAGGCGAUGUUCAGACAAAGAUCGAUGCUCUUAAGAAAACCAUUCACAUGAUUUUGAGCGGAGAACGCUUGCCUGGACUUUUGAUGACUAUCAUUAGAUUUGUAUUACCAUUACAGGAUCAUACCAUAAAGAAACUGCUUUUGAUAUUCUGGGAAAUUGUACCCAAAACUUCUCCCGAUGGAAAAUUGCUUCAGGAGAUGAUUUUAGUUUGCGAUGCUUAUAGGAAAGAUUUGCAGCAUCCUAAUGAGUUUGUUAGAGGAUCGACUUUAAGAUUUUUGUGCAAAUUGAAGGAACCAGAACUUUUGGAGCCUCUGAUGCCUGCAAUAAUUGCGUGUCUAGAGCAUAGACACUCUUACGUUAGACGUAAUGCAGUCCUGGCUAUUUUUACUAUUUACAGAAACUUUGAAUUUCUUAUACCAGACGCUCCAGAAUUAAUAGCAAAAUAUUUAGAGGGAGAACAGGAUAUGUCUUGUAGGAGAAAUGCAUUCCUAAUGUUGUUACAUGCUGAUCAGAGCAGAGCACUGGCUUAUUUAGCAGCUUGUUUGGAUCAAGUGCCCAGCUUUGGCGACAUAUUGCAGUUGGUUAUUGUGGAAUUAAUUUACAAGGUUUGUCUUGCAAAUCCAUCAGAGAGAGCUCGUUUUAUCAGAUGCAUCUAUAGUUUGUUGAAUUCACCCAGUGCUGCUGUACGUUAUGAAGCAGCUGGUACUUUGGUUACACUUUCCAGUGCUCCUACGGCCAUCAAAGCCGCAGCUUCGUGCUACAUCGAAUUAGUCGUUAAAGAAAGCGAUAAUAAUGUUAAAUUGAUUGUCUUGGAUCGUUUGAUUGCAAUGAAGGAUAGUCCCGUUUAUGAGAGAGUCCUUCAAGAUUUGGUGAUGGAUGUACUCAGGGUUCUAGGUUCUCCAGCAUUGGAGGUCAGAACAAAAACAUUAGCUCUAGCGAUGGAUUUGGUAACAACCCGCACGAUCGACGAAAUGGUACAAUUACUGAAGAAAGAAGUGCUUAGAACAGCUGGCGGAGAACACGAAGACGCUGGUCGAUAUCGACAAUUACUCGUUAGAACACUACAUGCUUGCUCUAUCAAAUUCUCGGACGUGGCGGCUACAGUAAUUCCAGUAUUAACAGAUUUCUUGUCUGAGAAUAACGAGGCCGCUGCUACUGACGUUCUUGUGUUUGUUCGCGAAGCUAUCCAGCGAUUUGAAAAUCUCAGACCACUUAUUGUAGAGAAACUGCUUGAGGUAUUUCCACAUAUAAGAUCGGUAAGGGUACACAGAGCAGCGUUGUGGAUUCUUGGUGAAUAUGCAACGUCGAAAGAAGACAUAGAAGCUGUACUGAGUCGUAUACGGGCUGCUUUAGGAGAAUUACCAUUAUUGGAAGCGGAGAAUAAACGUCAGGCUGGUGAGAAAUCACCAGAAGAUGGAAGCGCACAAGUUACACCAGUACAGUUGGUCACGUCAGAUGGCACAUAUGCCAGUCAGAGCGCAUUUAGUGCGGCGUCCUCACGAAAGAAAGAAGAAAAACGCCCAGCAUUAGUUCAAUACAUGAUGGAAGGUGACUUCUUCAUAGGCGCGUCUUUAGCUACAACCUUAGCUAAAUUAGCGCUUCGUUAUAAGAGUCUUGAAACAGACGUGCAAAAGAGCAAUCGUAUACAGGCUGAAGCAAUGUUCGUGAUGUCCAGCGUAAUGCAGUUGGGUCGUUCGGGUCUCCCUGCUAAGGCAAUAACGCACGAUGAUGCAGAACGUUUGUCCUUAUGCUUGAGAUCACUGGCUUGCCCGACGACACUUGUGCAGAAAGUUUUCACAGAGGGAUGUCGUGAAGCUCUUGGCAGAAUGCUGACAGCGAAAGCUGAAGAAGAUUCACAGAAUCAAAAGGCAAAGGAGAAGCCGGGUAGCGUUGUUCAAGUAGACGACGCGAUACAAUUCUUACAGUUGAGCCGUGGUUCGGACUUGGCAGGUGGAGCUGGUGAUGUAUUCGAACAAAGUUUGAGUGCUGCCGUCGCUGGAAGAGCCGGUGCUAGUGGAGAUGCGCCAACUCCCAAUGCUUUGAGCAAGGUUACCCAAUUAACUGGCUUCUCAGAUCCUGUUUACGCAGAAGCUCUUGUUCACGUUAAUCAAUACGACAUUGUACUCGAUGUAUUAAUCGUUAAUCAGACAGAAGAUACUCUGCAGAAUUGUACGUUAGAGCUUGCUACGAUGGGUGACUUAAAACUUGUAGAGAGACCACAGCCUAUUGUGCUUGCUCCUCGAGACUUCGCAAGCAUUAAGGCAAAUGUGAAAGUGGCAUCCACAGAAAAUGGAAUAAUAUUUGGAAAUAUAGUGUACGACGUAUCCGGCGCUGGAUCUGAUAGGAGCGUAGUGGUGUUGAAUGACAUACAUAUUGAUAUCAUGGAUUAUAUAGUGCCAGCAACGUGUACCGACCUGGAAUUCAGACAAAUGUGGGCAGAAUUCGAAUGGGAGAACAAGGUGUCUGUAAAUACGACGUUAUCAGACUUGAGGGAGUACCUCGCUCACUUACUAAAAUCUACAAAUAUGCGCUGUCUCACUCCAGAAAAGGCCCUUUCUGGACAAUGUGGUUUCAUGGCAGCGAACAUGUACGCGAAAUCGAUAUUCGGCGAGGAUGCAUUGGCGAAUAUGUCCAUCGAGAAGCCACUGAACAAACCAGAUGCACCAGUGGUCGGUCAUAUCCGUAUUAGAGCGAAAAGUCAAGGCAUGGCGCUGUCGUUAGGCGACAAAAUCAGUUCUACGCAGAAAGGUCCACAAAGCAAAGUGGUGCAAGCUGCUUAGAGAGUAUAGUUACUUGACCUAUGGUAUCCUCAGUAUUCAAGUUAUUUCCAAGGUGGAAAAAACGUGUAGCCAAUCGAGUUCGUUCAGAUGAAAGAACACGUGAAAUACUGUCAAAAUGGCAGUAGCCAUUUGCCUUCGUCAAUUCCACGAUUCAAAGUUUCUUCGAACGUCACGAUGUUGAGAUAUAUUUUAUACGAUUAGUGCAUUAACUUAUGCAUUGUUUUAGUUUUGUUUCCUUGUGCCCAGCGCCAUCGAACCACAACACUGAUUGCACCCGUGAGCGAAGAAAUAUAUACAUAUACGAUACUUUAGCUGUACAAGCUUGUAUUUUAUUCUGUUAAAUUGACGUUUCUAAUACAUACACAUAUUUUUUAAGAAAUAAAAAAUGAAUACUUUACACCGUC